AUAUUUACAUUCAAGGUCUUUAAUCAAGAAGAUCUUAGUAAUAAUAUUAUUUGAUUCGGUAUGUCUCUUCAACGGACAUAUCAUCUAGAUUUUGGUAAUUUUUCUAAGCUUGAUUUUAUGAUGGAAAGGGUAAUAUCAAUAUGCUAGCUUUAUCCCUAGAUAGAUAGCAAGGAUUGAAGUUGAACAUGACCCUGGUGCUUUGCAUGAAUAUCCCCCGUAUGUGCUUUGUAUUCAUAAACAUCCUUUCUCCUGCAAUCCUCUGACACCGACCAGUCAACCCUGGAAAACUCUAGACUCGAAGCGUUUGAUCCACGAGAAGCAAAUUGACUUUUUUCCUUUCAAUUGCUCCCUCGGAGGCCUGGACUCGGCAUGUCAUGAGGAGACUUUAAGAAUGCUAAGAUUAAGAAAUUAAUAGCAAUAGAUGAAGAUACCAAUCUUUGUAGGUUUGGUUGGCAUCAGUCAGCGAUAGGUUUUUGAUUCAGAUCAGAUUAACAUUUGUCGUUUGCUCAAACAAAAACAAGAAAACAUUUUCAAACUUUGGUGUGUCCCUUCUAAAUUUCCAAAAUGGGCAUCAAAUGCAUUAAACAUUUUCGCAGGUUGGGGGCCCAACAGCAAAGACGCAAGGCAGUGGCAGGCGCCAAGGUUGAACCGCUCGAUUCACGAUGCCCAUUUAAAUCAGGGCCGUCCGACUCGCCAUCGUUUGUUUACCUCGAGAAAUCCAACAGCUCACGUUAAAUCUCAGCAUCUUUUGAGUCCCCAAGUUUUUUGAAUUCAACUUCGGAGGAAGUAUCCGCUGCCUAGCGGCGUCUCUUAGCUAUUUCUUUAUUUAUUUUAAAGUCGAUCGUCCACCAUAUGCUUUCCUGCCGCCUCAAGAAUGUUUUCCUCGAACUAUAUAUAAAUAGACAGAUUUUUACAAUCUAACUACAAAAUUGCCACUCACUGACAUAGGUGUGGAAAAUUGAGCUUGGAACCAUUUAGUCUGUUCCAUGUCCGAUCAUUUAAAAAAAUUAAAUUAAAAAAAAAAAAAACUCUCUUCUUUAAAAAUUAAAUAUUUCCUUCUUUUACUCGGAAAUAGCGUUGUAAUAACUAGCAGGCGCCUUUCUUGUUGAACCUACCUAUAUUUUUUUCUUUUUUUGAAUCCAUUUUUGUAGCUUUGAAGCUGAGUUUUGAUACUGAAAGAGUCGGUUUCGUUUGAUUAGUUUUUAGAGAUCGAAAAUGGUGAUGAAAGAGAGAGACGACGAGCUAGCUUUGUUCCUGGAAUUGCGGAGACGAGAGAAGGAGAAAGAGAAGAACAACAAUCUUCUCUCGCUUCACAACUCUGAAGAACUCAAUGCUCCUCUAGAAUCUAACGGAAACGGAAACUGCGGCAGCGGUUCUCCGAUAUCGAAGAUUGUCUUGGCUGUUCCUGUACGGAAGACUGCAGCUGAUAAUUUUUUGAAUUCGGAGAAUGAAAAGUCUGAUUAUGAUUGGCUUCUUACUCCACCCGGUACACCACUAUUUCCCUCGUUGGAGAUGGAAUCACAGAAGACAGUAAUGCGCCAGAUUGGAAUGUCUAAUGCUCGUCCUACUGCUCUGAAAACAAGGCUGGCAAAUCUCCCAGAGGAACCUGCUUCAAAGAACACUCUAGCACCAAAGCAACAAACUCCGUGAGUUGAACUAAACACUUCCAGUACUCUUAAUAAAAGGCCAUCCUCUUCAGGUGGUCCAAAAUCUGCUAGUAGACCUGCAACACCGACUAGCCGGACCACUCUACCCAAAGCAACCAAGCCUUCGAGGUCUUGUACGCCUACAUCACGAGCCAUCUUACCUUCGACAAAACCGGCUGCUUCUACAGCAAGAUCCUCCACUCCAACUAGAUCCACUGCGCGCUCUUCCACACCAACUACUAGACCCUCUUUGCCUGCUUCCGAGCUGACGUCAAGAUCAACCACACCAACACGUCGACCAACUUCCUUAUCUGGUACACCUAUUGCAUCUGCACCUACUGGUCGAUCUUCUUCAGUAACAAGAUCAGCUGCCACCACUUCUUCAGUACCAAAAUCAGCUCCCAUUACUUCUUCAGUUAUGAAAUCAGCUCCUUCUACGUCUUCUGUAACAAAAUCAGCUCUCACUACGUCAAAAUAUUCAGUACCAUCACGUGGCACAUCUCCAACUGUAAAAUCUAGGCCUUGGAAACCAUCUGAGAUGCGUGGUUUUUCACUUGAUACACCACCAAAUUUAAGGACGACAUUGCCAGAAAGACCAGCUUCAGCCUCACGGGGGAGGCCAGGAGCACUUGGUGUCAGAUCAUAUUCUAUUGAGGCCAGUUCUAAUGGAAGACCAAGACGAGAAUCCUGCUCUCCUGCUAGAAGUAGGGUGUCAAGUAGCAGUGUUGGUAAUGGGAGCUCUAUUCGUGCUGUGCAUAGAGCAGAUAAUAAUGGUAGUGACAAUGAUAGUCCAGUAGUGAUUGGAACAAAAAUGGUUGAGAGAGUAGUAAAUAUGAGGAAACUGGUACCCCCAAAGCAAGAUGACAAUCCUCGUAAAAACCCUACUGCAAAGUUAUCUACUUCCCUCGACAACUCAGGGUUUGGGAGAACACUCUCAAAGACGUCUCUAGAUAUGGCUCUGAGACACAUGGAUAUCAGGGGAAGUAUUGCAGGUAAUCAGCGUCCUCUUAUGACAAAUGUUCCAGCUUCCUCCAUAUACAGUGUGAGAUCAAGAUCCACAAAGAGCAGGACUAUAAGUGUUUCUGAUUCUCCUCUUGCCACGAGCAGCAAUGCUAGCUCUGAACCAAGUGUCAACAAUAAUUCUUUCUGUUUUGACGGGAGUGAAUAGGAAGACAAUGAUCUCAGUAGUGAGAGAGGAAACUCCUCUCCCUCCACUAAGCGUGCUAGCUGACCAAGGUGACUUUCGUCCAAAAUUAUAUAUUGAUUUACAAGUUUAUCAUAUUUCUAUUGGAAAGCUCAGCCGGCAUGAUGAUUAAAGAAACAACCUGUUUCUUAAAGAAGCUGAUGGUUACGGGGGAUUUCAGAUUUCUGUAAUCUGUUGCUACUUGUAGGUAAUCCUUCAGUAUAUUAAUUGUAAGAUUGAUCUAGAUUUACUGUCUGGAAAUGGAAUUUAUGGAAAUGCUCCUGCCUUUCUCAGAA